UCAAAGGAGGUUGAUUAUUAGCAAACGCUAGGGAAAUCGUAAACGGCAGGUUGUCGCUGUAGUAAAUUUUCAGAUAAAAUGUCCCAUAUACGGCAAAUACGACAAACGGUAGAAUCUUUGCAACCGCAAAAUGCCUGGAUUCCAAUGUCCGAGUUUAAGGAUCAAUUUACCGUUAAAUUUCCACUAAGGGAGGAAUCUGCCCAACUAAUCAAUUCAGCACCCCGAAUCAACUACAUCGGUUCAUCGCAGUCAGCAUUGCGAAACGAUUUGAUAAAAUCUUUGAAAAUUAACCCAAAACAGUAUGAUUCAUUGAACAUUCACACGCCAGCGGAUUCCUACAGAUUUGGUCUAAAUUGCAACAAAGCAGUUGAUCGGCCAACCAGCGUCAUCUACACGAAUGAAACUGGCUUCGCUAAAGAAGUGGAUCCCUACGUCAGUGUCACUACACGAGACUAUCCGCCGCAGAAGCAAUCACCGAAUGAUUACAUCACAUUUUGGAACUGGAACUCACACCAACUGAAUGGAGGGUUCAAAAAACCUACCACCGUCCAAAGAAAGAUGAUCUCGGUGCCGAAGAAACAGCUACAAAGGUCAUUCACUUCAGAGCAAUCGGCUCAGUAUCAACCACCAGCCAGUAAUGCCAAACCGAAGCUAAGCACGGUGUCAACGAAGCUAGUUGUUCUAGAACCAACCGAUCCAAUGGAGCGAUCCACUGAAUAUUCAACCUACGGCAGUGGUAUCAAUUGUGCCAGAGUUUUGAAGCAAAGCAAGUUUUAAACCCCAGAAAUUCAGGUCAUUUGUUUUCUUUUGAAGAAUAUAUCGUUUUUUAUAUCA